AAACCGGCGGCGGCGGCGGCGGCGGACCCGACUCCCCGCCGAAACCGGCGCUCCGCCAGCAAGAACCAACCCAACAAGAACCAGGUUCCGGAAGACCAUUCGGCACACGUCCACUCCCGAUGGACGUCCUAGGGUACGCGACCGCGGGAGCGACGGGCACGUCCUCGGAGCCGACCAACUCGACGCUGCUCCGCGACCCCCGGACCACAACAUGGCCGCUCGCCGGCAACCCUCCGCUCAUCGGCGCGCUCCUGCUCUGCUACGUGUACCUGGUCAAGGUGGGCGGGCCGCGGUUCAUGCGCGACCGCAAGCCCUACAACCUGCGGUGGGUCAUCCUCAGCUACAACGCGGCCAUGGUCCUGCUGAACGCCUACUUCGUCGUCAACUUCCUGUCGCGGUCCUACCUCGGCGGCGGUUACAGCGUCCUCUGUCAAGGCAUCCGCUUCGACGCGGACCCCAGGACCCUGGAGCUGGUGUCCCUCUGCUGGUGGUACCUUCUGGUCCGCAUCGCGGACUUCCUGGACACUGUCUUUUUUGUGCUCCGCAAGAAAGACUCCCACGUGUCCUUUCUGCACGUCGUCCACCACGUCCUGGUGGUUUUCAACGGAUGGUUCGGGCUGUCGUACGGGCCGGACGGGCAGGUCAUGUUCUGUAUUUGUCUCAACAGCUUCGUCCACGUCAUCAUGUACACCUACUACUUCCUGUCCCUGCUGGGACCCGCGGUGCAGAAGCACCUCUGGUGGAAGCGCUACCUCACUCAACUCCAGCUGGCGCAGUUCAUCGCCAUCUUUGUGCACAGCACCAUACCUCUCUUUGUGGACUGCGGCUACCCGAGGCCGCACAGCCUGAUUGUGCUCUUCGAGUCGGCGCUCUUCUUCGCCAUGUUCGUCAAGUUUUAUCGGGGAGCGUACCGCUGCAAGCAACCGGCCAAGGCAGCCUGAAAAAAUCACAACAUUCCCUGUUCUUUUUUUGUUUUGGCCUUCUCGCUCCUGAACAGAAGGAUCAUGGAAGUCGGGGGUCCCGGACGAACUUUGGUCUGCCAAGACGUCCGCAAUCACCACGCGAGGCCAGGUUUGAAAGCGACACCUUGCAAUCACCUUACCGAGUCACCUUGGCUGGAUCGAGGGAAUCAGAAAUAGACCGAGUUUUGUUUUGACUGUCAGCAAACGAAACGACCGAAUUCGGCCCGUGCAUACAGUUUUAGUGCGAAUCGAUAUUAGACGGAGUUCUAUCGAGGGCAGCCACUGCAGUAAUGAACCCAAAUGUGCAAUUUUUCUCCUAUACUGCCUGUGCAUGCCUUGCCGGCCCCAAGGGUCGUUAGAACUCAUAGACAGCCGUUAAACGAAAGCGGCUAUGGGUAAUACUUAAUGGCUGGCCUGGGAUUUGGGGAGAACAGACGCAGCAGGCUAUUAUAGGCUGCCGUAUUAUAAACUCGGGUAAUUUGUGAGCAAACGAAACUACCAGUGAGGAUUCCAUGCCUGCAACAAUAUUAACUAACGCAAUCCUGUUGAGCUAGGUAAAGUAGUUUUAUGAUUUAGAGCUGUUUUGGCGAGAUCAGUGAGGCAAUUUGUGUCAGAAAGACUCGAUUCAUUAGAUUGAAUGAUUGAAUGAAAAUGUAUAUUUUGAAGGUUUAUCAGCCCAUGACUCUAUAAAGAUAAAUUACCGAAUUCACUUCCUACUAUUGCUGGUGAUAUACAGUUUUAAAUUUAUCGCGGGUUAACAUUGAACGUGCUUUCAACAGCUGCAGCCUGCAGGUACCAAAACGCAUCUGUGCUCUGAUUGUGAACAUCGUGCGAUGUGAGUAUAGUGGAGCAAGAGUAGUCAUAACGCCAUGUUGGGUCUCAAUUUUAUUCUCACGAUGGGAAGAUAAACCGUGGGCAUAUCCAACAAAAUCAGCGCUGACCAAGCCGAGCUGACUGCGCAGUCUGGACACCUUGUUACAAACGGAAAAGUACGUUUUACGCUCAGACAUCACGUGACAGACGAACUUUUUUUUCUGC